AAAGUCGAUCAAUAAGGAGGCCAGUACAGGUGCAGGUAUAGAAGAAACAUGGCAGGCGUUCUACUUCGAAGUCUUCAUAAUCUGGAAACUUCAGCAAACGAACCUACUGCUAAAUGGACUGUUCCUUUGAGUGACGGGAAUCAUGUGGUAGAAUUUGAACAUGGAACAGCAACAGGCCGACGUAUAGUAAAAAUCGAUGGCAAUAAUAUAGUUCAUAGAGAUUGGAUGUUUCGUCUAGUCGGUGAUGAAGUCUUUAUGUUUAAUAAUAUCAAAUUUAUAAUCAAAGUCGAUCCAAUGCCAGGUCUGAAGUAUUCUUAUUCGUUGUGGGUGAACGGAAAGAACUAUAAGCAAUUUAUUCAGUCGCAAUCAAAAAUACUAGAAACUUGGUUGGCCAAAGUUGGGAACGAAGAAUACAGAGUUGUAUUAGAUAAACACGCUCACAGCGUUUGGGUGAAUGGACAAGAAGUGGAAGUUGAGAAUGAAUUUAUGGACGGCGGCGCAGAAAUUCUUUUCUCCAUUGGUGAUUUACCGGCCACUAUUAGAUCUUACAGUUCGGAACAAAAAGAAAUCGGUAUAGUGUACGUUUUAUACAUCAAUGACGUUGAGAUACAACAAGAAGCUUUAGUAGAAGAGUCUUAG